AUGUCUGUCGCCUACGCUGCUCCCGCCACCGGAUCCGCCGACUCGGCGUCCUUCCUCGACGCCGUCAAGGCUCGCCGCACCAUCUACGCGCUGUCCAAGUCGUCGCCGAUCAGCAACGACCGCAUCGUCGAGCUCGUCAACUUUGCCGUCAAGCACUGCCCGUCGUCGUUCAACUCGCAGUCGACCCGGGUCGUCGUCGCGCUCGGCGCCCACCACGACCGCACAUGGUUGAUCGCAAAGGACCAGAUCAAGGCCAUCGUGCCCGCCGAGAACUGGCCUGCGUCCGAGCAGCGUCUCAACGGCUUCCAGAACGCGUACGGCACCGUCCUCCUCUUUGAGGACCAGGCCGUCGUCAAGAGCCUCCAGGAGAACAUCCCUGCUUACGCCGAGCACUUCCCGACCUGGAGCGAGCACGCUCACGGCCUCGUCGCGUUCACGAUCUGGACCGCACUCGAGGCCGAGGGACUCGGCGCCAACCUGCAGCACUACAACCCGCUCAUCGACGCCGACGUCGCCAAGGAGUUCUCGGUCCCCGAGUCGUGGAAGCUCCGGGCGCAGCUCGUGUUCGGCAAGGGCGAGGCGCCGGCGGGCGACAAGGAGUUCAAGCCGCUCGAGGAGCGCGUCAAGGUGUUCCAGUAGACGACCUUUUGCGCUCUGUCGAUGAUUGUUUCAUGUU